UUUUAUAUUUUCAGAGAAGAGUUAUGAGCUAAAUCUUGGUGGUAUAUACAGAGUGAGUUUCUCUUUGGAUGAUCUGAUAUACAGUGGAAUGUAUGUGGUCAACAUGACGGUCAGUAUCUGUUGGAGCAGUGGUCAAGAUUGUCAGUUUGUGUCACACGUUUUCCAGAAUACAUUGUUACCUAAACAUACAUGUGAAACAAAGACAAACUUUGCUCAGACAGGAUUUAGUUUUAUCAACUGGCUAAAUACAACUGGAUAUACAGAUGCCACACCCCUGACAGGUGAUGCACUAGACGACCUUGAAGAAGUCCUUGGCAUUGUUAAGUUCUAUGAAGCAACUGGUUCUACUGUAGUUAAUGUCAGUAGUAAUGGUUGGAAUAAUGAAUGUGAAUUGGGUAUGGUAGAGUUAUCAGACAUUUCUCCUGCAGCAAAUUGUACUCUUCAGCCACAUUGUACUGCAGUAGACUGUAGUAUGUUCUCAGCGAGACUUGGCAGGAGUUUUCAUGCUUCAGUAGAUAUUGACCCCUGUCAUGCUCGUAUGAUGGUACAGAUAGAAAAAAUGAACUUCAAUGUCCGACUACUGGAAAAACAAUAUGGAGAUUUAUGGCAAGUUUGGCUUAGAGGAAUUGUUAGAAUUGACUUCACCAUUCAUAAUUUACUGAGUGAGAACCUGUACUUAGUAAACAUGAACUUGAGUGUAUGUUAUGAGUCAUCAGGAGCAUGUGAAGUUGGACCUGUGAACAUAUUUGUCAACACUUUACUUCCCAAGAAAACUUGUGACUUUUCCAGGGACUUUGUUGUAACAGGGUUCUCCUUGGAAGCAAAGAGACAGACUUACCAUUUAGUUGGAGUCACCACACUUCCUUGGUACUUUGUGCAGCAGGUUUUGAAUACAGCCAGUGUGUCACAAUAUCUAUUGGAAAAGUCAUGUAACAGACGGACUUCACCAUUUGGUACCACUUACGAUGGAUGGAUGAAAGGUUGUACUACUCAGUCCCUGACACUGGAAUAUAUCAAACAAACAGAGACAACCUGUUAUACAUUACCAGAUUGUACAGGGUUCCAGUGUUGUGUAGAUGCCCCUAUCAUUGGAAGGUCUUUCUUGUACAAAAUAUCUGUUGAUGCUUGUAAAUACAAAUUGACUGUCGCCAUUGAAGGUCUGGAAUAUGAACAGAAUCUCUUGACUUACAAGUUUGGUACACAAGAUAAAUUCUACAUAAAUGGUGUCUUCAGAAUGGACUACCGGAUUGAGGAAUUGCCAAUAGAUAGUUUAUACUUUUUGACAGUAACACUGAGUGUAUGUUUAGAAGCCAAUGCUGAUUGUGCUGUACAGAGAUUAGUUGCUAAUAAUCUGAAGUUAGUCAAACCUACAUGUAUAAAUACUGACCAGUUUGCCAUUCCAGGAUUUUCACUGUUAGACUGGAAGGCUAGAAAAGGAUUAAGUCCAUCAAACUCUCUACCAGAAUAUGCCGUUUUUCUCCUCAUGAGUGAUCUGAACAUAGCCAAGUACAAGAAGGAACCACAGUGUACCAUAGCAUCACAAGGCUGGCAAUCAGGAGGAUGUACAUUAGCAAUUGACAAGCCAAUGCUCCAUGACAAUGUAACCUGCCAAGUGACCAGUAGUUGUACUGGUGUGAAGUGUUGUCUAUACACAGAGGAACUGAACCGUAACAUAGAUGUACACCUUCUACUGAACCCAUGUGACCAAAGUUUGUCUCUGACGAUUGAUUAUCUAAAGUACAACAGAAGUUUGUUUGACUUCAGUUUUGGAAGUUUACAGAAGUUCUACAUGGAAAAUGUUGUACGAGUAGACUAUGUGAUAUACGAUCUGACCAACAACUUCCAGUAUCUUGUUGACAUGAAUGUCAGUAUUUGCUAUGAGUCAUCAGCGCCAUGUGAAUUAGAAUCAAUGAUUUUCCAUAGUUCUGUGCUGCAUAAAAAGCCUUGUCAGUGGAGGACAGGCUUCAGAGACCCAAAUUUCUCUGAGUCUGGCUGGAGAAAUGAGAUGAACAUUACAGCUGAUGCUCAGCUGUUCCCUGUAGACAUAGCCAGACUGACAGAGGCUCUAUAUGUUGGACCUUAUCAGGCGGAUACACUUUGUCAGGGAUACAAUUCACCGUACACAGGAGCUAUAAAUGGAUGGAAAGAUGAAUGCUCUGCUUCUGACUUGGAGAACUUACCAUCGGAUACGAUGAAGUGUUACAUACCUGCCAACUGUAGCUUUAUCAGGUGUUGUCAUGAAGUUGGCCUACUUGGUACACCAAUGGAAACAGAGCUUGAAAUUGACUCGUGUAACUUUGAACUGUCUGUCAGGAUAGAAAAACUUGAGUUCAAAGUUCCCUUCCAUGACUACCAGUGGGGAGUUGUACAAAGUAUGGACCUGUUUGGUUUGUUGACAAUGGACUUUGUGAUAGAGAAUCUAUAUGAGGCACAACAGUUCUUAAUUUCCAUGAAUCUGACAUUAUCCUAUGAAUCAGCUGGACCCAUUAAAGAAGCCAAUAUACUAAUGGACAAGGCCCUUCUAUCUAAGAGACAGUGUGAUUGGAGCUCUGAUUUCCAUAUUUCUGAUUUUUCACUGUACACAUAUUUGAUAAACAGAAACCAAAAACCUACUGGUCCUUUGACAUCAAGCAUGUUACUACAGUUUAUGGAAGAUACCAAUCUGGCACCAUUCAUGCAGGAUGAAAUGUGUAACAGAACUGGUGCCCUGUAUAACAAUCAAUCAUGGACACAAGAUUGUGCUGCUAAACUAACAUUGCCAACUUUAUCAGACAAAGUUAAUGGCCACAUAACUACUAUGUGUACAGGUGUGCAAGGUUGUAUAGAGAAUGAUCUGAUUCAGAGGUCAAUUGAAUUCUCUCUUCUACUGGAUCCCUGUUCAAACAGACUUAGUAUCAGUAUAGAGAGAGCUAGAUACAACAGAACACUCAGUGAUUUUGAAUAUGGGGAGGAUCAUUCCUACAAUCUACAAGGAAUUGUCCGUCUCAAAUAUAACAUAGAGGAUCUUUACACAGAGCGUUCUUAUCUGUUAAAUGUGGUUGUCUAUUUUUGCUAUGAGACAUCGGGUAUUACCUGUACACUUGAGAACACAUUUACAAUCUUUGAGAACACCAAGUUACCUAAAAUAGUGUGUAGCUACGAUCAAGGAUUCAAAACCUCAGGUUUCUCUAAGACCCAGUGGUAUGCUGACAAUGGAAUACCAGACGGACAAGUUCUGCCUGACUGGGCAGCAUCAUCAUUCCUGAAUGACCUUCACAUUGCUGCUUAUUUACAGACAUAUCAAUGUGGACAGACUGGUCAACAAUUUACAGAUGGAUGGAAUCUUGGCUGUACAAAGACUGUCAGUUUACCAAACAUCACCGAUUCCACAAAAUGUCACCUGACCUCAGCUUGUACUGCAGUAGAAUGUUGUACUGAAAUUGACUUCCUCUCAAGGUCAUUCAGGACUUACCUACAUAUUGACCCCUGUAAACAAAUAUUGUAUCUUGGAAUUGAAAGUUUCAAUAGAAAAGUAUCUUUGAUUGAUUAUAUGGAAGGAACAAAGAAACAGUUUGCACUUGUUGGAUCAGUUAUGAUUGACUACAUAAUAGAAGAUAUACCAGGAGAGAGUAUGUACUUGGUCAGUAUGAAUAUAUCCAACUGUUAUGAGGAUGGACAGCCGUGUUAUAUGGUCACUACAGUCUUUGAUAAUACCAGAUUACCUAAAGAUCUGUGUGAAUGGAAAACUGACUAUCAUAUUCCAAAUUUUUCGUUUGAGACAUGGAAAGGAGAUCAAGGAUUGACCAUAGGUGACCCUUUACCAAUGUGGGCAGAACUUUUAUUAUACGAACAGACUGGUCUAUCUCCUUAUUUACAAGAUAGUCAGUCUCAGUGCAGUAGAAACAGUGCCAGGUUUAACUCGUCUAUUGCUGGUGGAUGGAUAAAUGAAUGUAGCCUGAAUACCACCAUACAAGAUCUAUCUAGCAGUUACACGGAUAUAACAUGUCAUGUGACAUCAAGUUGUACGGAAAUCGAGUGUUGUGUUGACUCUGUGAAGCUUCAUAGACCUUUCCAUGUGGUUGUCAAAUUAGAUCCAUGUGAUUUUGUCAUCAAGGUGGGAAUAGAAAACUUCCAUUUCAAACUGGCCAUGGUAGAUUAUUCAUUUGGUGAACAGAGAAACUUCUCUUUGGGAGGAAUAGUCGAAACACAGUUUAUUGUGUUUGACAUUGAGUCAGAAAAUGCCUACCUAGUAGAUAUGAGCGUUUCUGUCUGUACAGAGAGUGCCAAGGCAUGUGAGCAAGAUUAUUUGAUAGCACAAAAUGUCCUUCUACCCAAAAAACAAUGUACAUGGGAUGCAGGAUUUGUUCAUCAGAACCUUUCUUUAACCCAAUUUAAGGCUGAUAAUCAGAUCUCAGGAAACUUGGAAAGCUAUGAUGCCUCUCGGUUUUUGGAUGAAGCAUUUGUUUCAUUUAGCCUAUUAGCCACGCCAUGUGAUCGAAGUGGUGAUUUGUAUUCUUCUAGCACCAAUGGAUGGACUACAGCUUGUUCUGUUGUUCCUACAAGUAGCUUGCCAGUGCUCGGCAAUACAGUUUCAUGUAAUGUUGACAACACAUGUGAAAAGUUUACAUGUUGUUUUGAGGAAACAGAAGUAGGUAGAAGUAUUGAGGCCAGUGUUCAGAUUGAUUCAUGUAAAGGACAGCUGAUUGUCAAACUUGAGAGAAUGAAAAGAACUAUAUCCUUGAUUGGCUAUAUUUGGGGAACUGAGGAAGUUUACAAGUUGAAUGGAGUGUAUGGGCUUAGGUUUACAGUAAACAAUCUUAUGACAAGUAAUAAGUAUUUAGUGAAUAUGGACCUGAUGGCAUGUUAUGAAGCCAGCGGUGCCUGUGCAUUUCAAGAAACCAUCCUCAUAAACUUUGAACUAGUGAAGGCAAUGUGUGAUAGAUCAGCAGGAUUCAUUGAUUCUCAGUUUUCCUAUAGUUCAUGGCUGUCAUCAGUUGGUCUACCAGUCAAUACUUCACCAUUACCAGAAUGGGCCAGACUACAACUGAUCGAUGACCUUGAUGUCAAUAAUUACUUCAGUCUUGAGAACAAAUGCUACAAUGUAAUGACUCCAUUUAUGACAGCAAAUGCAACAAAUGGCUUCAAUAACGAAUGUGGUUCAUCAAUUGCACAUAACACAUUUACACCAGCUGAUACCAUCGUGUGUAGUAUCCCAACAGACUGUAAUGGGGUACAAUGCUGUGUUGAUGUGCCUCAGCUAGCUACAUCACUAGAAUAUGAAUUGAUUCUGGACACAUGUGGCAACAGAUUACGUCUUAAAGUAGACAAACUGGAAACUGAUAUAUCAUUACAUGAUUAUGACUUUGAAUCUAGUGGCAAAUUCUCCAUAUAUGGCUUGGCUGAAAUAAAUUACCUUGUAAGCAACCUGUUCUAUACUCAGUAUGAAGUUACAAUGUCUAUACAAUUCUGCCUGAAUGGUGAUACUUCGUUAGUAUGUGACCAGGAAUACACCAUCUUUAAUAAAACGGUCUUUGAUAAAGAAAGCUGUAAUUACAAUACAGGUUUCAAAGAUUCAGGGUUCUCUCUAUCCACAUGGUUAACAGACAGAAGUCUAGGGUUAACAAAUAUGUCAAUAGUCGAUGCUGAUGAUUUAUUACAAUUACUGCAGAUAGAUGAUUUUAUGGAGUAUUCCAACAUUUGUAACUUUACUGGAUCACCCUAUGUUGGUGCUGUAGAUGGAUGGAAUAAUGAAUGUAACAAUGUAUCAUCAGGGGACUUAACUAUACUACCUGAUUUGGAAUUACUAUGUCAUAUUGCAUCUGAUUGUAAUGCUGUUUCCUGUUGUGCCAAGUCUGGUGUACUCAAACGAGACUUUUUUGUUGCCGUGACCAUGCACACUUGUAGCUACACACUGAUUAUACAGUUGGAAAAUCUGAUUAUUGACAAGGAUUUACUGAACUAUGCUUGGGGAACAACAGAAAACAUGAAGCUCUAUGGAGUUUUGAGAGUCAUGUAUCGUGUAAACCAUGUGGCAUCAAUGCAACACUUUAAUGUUGAUUUAACUAUCAAACUGUGUUAUGAUUCUUCAUCAGGGUCAUGUUUAUCAGAACAUACCAUUUUUACCAGUAAUAAACUUUAUUAUCCUGAGUGUACACAGCCUAAUUUACCUUUCUAUGGAAUAACCUUUGACUACUGGAAGCCAAUACCUUGUUCCCAGUUUUCUAUAGAAACAUACACUCAAGAGUGUCCUGGUGUAAACUUUACCACCUAUGCUCAGACGAGAUGUCAGAUGGCUGCUGACUGUUUCAGUGUCAAAUGUUGUUUAGAUUUGACCUUCCUACCUGGUAAACGUAAUACUGAGCUGACAUUUGCUUUGAAUUCAUGUGAUCAAAUUGACUACACUCUAGAGAGACACACAUGGACAAGAACUGGACUGGCUUCAAUUAAUGGAAUUAAGCAGGUUGAAUCAUUGUCUAGCUCAUUCAUGUUAAACUUUACCCUGGACACUACAACAUCAGCUACAGCUUACAAGACUACUAUAGGGUUGACUGCAUGUUACAUUUCUCCAGGAAUAUGUGAAGAUUAUCAGUUACUGACAGCAUCUGACCUGAAGAAAAAGACAUGUCCAGGACGUAGGAGACGUAGGAGUGCAAUAUCAGAAGUCGACACCAAAGACAUGAAAACAGGUCUUAGAACAUUGACAAAUAGAAAUGCAACUGAAGCAGAGAAGAACGCUUAUAUUGCUGCUUGUAUUGAGUACAGCAAAAAUAGCAAGGAUUAUUCCAUAACAGAUAUCGGUGAUGAUGAUGAAAAAACUGGUGGGAAAUCUGCUCUUAAAGCUCUCGGUAGUAGAAAUCCUACAACUGUUGGUGUUAGUGGAGAAACAUUCAGUGGAACAUUUACAGUGCAGGGAGCUGAAGAAAUCUUUAAAGAACUUAAAGUAGCUGUUACUGGUAUAAAGGAAGCCUAUGCUAUUGGUCAAGGAUUGUCAGAGGUUGGAGCUAAACUUUUAGGAGAGAAGUUAGCCAAUAUGACAGUUGGUGACAUUGAAACGUUAAUGGACUUCAAGAAUAUUGAUCCAAUAUUGGUGGCCCAGCUUAUGAAAGAUUUGAGAGACUUAGCUAAGGCGUUGUUAUCUGAGUUCCUUACCAAGCUUCUUAACAAUGGAGAAGAAGUGUUUAAAUCUUUUGACUUCACACUAAAGGGAGACUUUAGUUUCCCUAAACAGGAUGUAGAACUGUUUAGCUACAGUAUUAACAUGAUGGUUGGUGGAAUAAUUCCAAUGCAGUUCUCAUUUGGAGCUGGUGCAUACUAUGGAAUGAAGUUUGAGAUUGGUGCCAAGGUGUUAGAAAUGAAAGCUAUAUGUGGGGUAGAACCGUAUGGGGGUGUGACAGUCUAUGGUGAACUUGGUAUUGGUUUUUUACUGUAUGGAAAACUCCGUUUAGAAGGAAGAAUUAUGGACCUGCGCUUCCCAACAACAGCUGAGAUUUCAUUCAAUAAGUUUCCUCUAGAUGUUGGUCUGGUUAUGUACUUGAAACUGACUCCAAUUGAGCUGAACUUGUAUGCUCUGGUGACCUUAGAGGUCAAACUUGGUCCUAUUAGUUUUAAGAAAACUUUGUUUAAAGCUAAACUAUGGUCAUACAAGGCACCAACGAUUACUAAGAAAUUGAUUGACAACAGAAAAGAUGAAGAAGACAAAACUCCUCCAUCUAUUUCACCUUUUACUGAUGAACCUGAUACAAGAAGAAAAAAAAGGUCCACGGCAAGUUGUGAAGUAGAACAAAUAGCAGGUAGAGACUAUGUAGAGCCAAUGUUUGAAAUCGCUGUUCGUGCUGAGGACGACAGAAGUGACGUGGCUUACUUCCUUGAUAUUGGAACAGUACCGGGAGGAAAAGAUGUAAUGGACCAGCAUACUCUUGGUGGACCAAAAACAUCAAUGGAUGAGAGACUAAGUACCACUGGAGUUCCUCUGUAUUUUACAAUGUAUGCACAAAACGAUGCUGGUGCGCGCUCUAUGGCAACUUGUUCUUUACUUACAUAUGAUGUAACUCUUCCUGGUGGUCGAUUCACUGAAGACUUUUUAUCAACCAGUAAUCCAGCAGUGAUGAGAGCAUCUGUUGUUGUAUACGAAGACUCUGAUAUAGUGUUGACACAAGUCGGAUUGGGAUAUGGAAAAGAUGUGUGGGGGGAUCAAGUAAUUCCAUGGAACACUGUCAAUGUAAAUGCUGAUGCCUUUGUACCACCAGAUCUAAGUAAUGACCCACAUAACCAUAAAGUUAUGGAAAUGUUCACAAACUUCAGAGAAGGUCGACUGAUUGCGCCAUUUGGAGGGGCGGUUACAAAGGAGGCAACACCUGGUGAUUGUGCUAAACGAUGCGCAGAUCUGCCAAAAACCAAAUGUAUGAGCUUCAAUUAUGACUUUAAGGAGGCUACCUGUGAGCUGCUAGAAGGAAUACAAGGUCAUCACUACAAGCUUGCAGUGUCAAGAUUGUUCCAGCACUAUGAAAGACUUGGUAUUGGACAUAUCUUGAGUUUUGAUUACAAUACUUUAUGGCUAACCCAUAAUAAAUCACUUUACUUCAACUUUCGUAUCAUAAACAAUUUAGGAUUUGAGAGUAUCAUUUCUACCCCUGGAAUAAUGGUGGAUACUACGCCUCCAGAAACGGGUCCUAUAAACAACAUCACCAUUGAUUAUUUGGAACUGGUAGAUUGCAGUGCAAAAAUAAUACCAACUGAUAGACAAGACUUCCGUAUGUGGUGUAGAGAUGAAAAUUCUGUAGUAAAAAAUCACAGAGUAAUACAGGAUGGACCAGAAUCAUUAUCAGUUUUUAAUGGACCAAUAUUUAUGAAAGAUAUGAAGUAUACAAGAGCAAAUAAUUAUAUUUCAGCAAACUGGGAUGGAUUUAAUGACAAGGAAACUGGAAUUUUAUUUAUCACUAUAGCUGUUGGAACUGAAAUUUGUGAAGAAACAAUCCACGAACAUCAUGAUCCACAUUCUCAUUUGUAUGACAGUUCACAGUGGACACAUAGUGCUAUGAUAAGUCCAUUUCCAGCACCUUAUGAUCAGCUCCCAGAUGACCAGUAUUUUAUAACAGUAAGAGCUAUAAAUGGGGUGAAAUAUGGAGGUCCCUUAGCAACAACUUUGUGCCACACAACUCCGUACAUCGUUGAUAAUUCACCUCCAAUUAUAUAUGAGCUGUAUAACAUUCAGUAUGAUGAAUUCCAAUAUAACCUUACCUACAGACACAAUUCCUCUGAUCCCCAAUCAGGUAUAUUAUAUAAUGAUUGCUGCCUUGGUCUAACCCAAAGAGACUGUUAUGAACUUCCAUGGACACGUCAAGAUUACAGCGAUUUUGUUAUGCUUACUGUGUCCAUAACAGCUGGUAUACCAAUAUGGGUCAAAAUUAAAGCUAUUAAUAAUGUGGACCUUAGAACAAUUAGAGCAGCAGAUCAGCCAAUCAUUGUGGACCCAACCCCUCCAAUUGCAGGCAACGUUUAUGAUGGACAAACUUAUGGAGUUGAUCUUGCUUUCGCUAUGUUUCCAGACAGGAUAUGUGCCAACUGGCAAGGUUUCUUUGACCCUGAAUCUGGAAUUUCGUUCUUCAUGGUUAGUGUGGGUUCUGAACCAUUAGGAAAUGUCACUGACAUUUCUAACUUGACACAAAUAGACAGGAAGCACCACAAGGCCUGUGUUUUUCUCGAACAAGGUUCUUAUCUUGAACAUGGCAAGACCUACUAUACAACAGUCUGGGCGUAUAAUGGAGGAGCCAGACAAUUAAAUAGUUCAUCAAUAUCAAACGGAGUUCUGGUUGAUUUAUCGGCACCAGUAUCUGGGAAAGUGGUUGAUGGAUUGCAGGAUAAUUUUGGUGAUUUAGACUUCACAUCAAGUCAGGCUAAGGUGGAGGCCCAAUGGAAGGAUUAUUAUGACCCAGAGUCAACUAUCAAUCAGUAUGAUGUACAGGUGUCUAGUGCUCAAAACAUGUCGAACGACUUCUCGGUGAUUAGAGAAUGGGUGAUAUUCAGUAAAGAUUCCAACAGUGCUAGGUGGCUUAAUUUCCACUUGAAACACAGAGAUAGGAUCAAAAUUAAACUGAAAACAACAAACGGAGCUUUGAAUUCCAUCGUAAAUGAAACUGAUACAUAUGUUGUGGACUUAACUCCUCCCGCCCUGAGUUACCUUGGUGAUGGUUUGGCACAGGGUGAUGAUAUAGACUUUCAGUCUGAUGCCACUUCCUUGAGUACAAACUUCAAAUUUGAAGACCAUGAAUCUGGAAUUGAUUACUAUAGAAUACAGAUUUAUGUGAAGUCCCUUGGUACAAAGAGACAACUUGUCCCAAAAAUUAAAGGUAAAUGGUUGAAUUUAUUGGGAAACCAAUCAAGAACAUCCUACACUCACACAGGAAUGUCGCUCAAACUUGGGGCUAUUUACAGUAUUAGAGUGGGAUCACUGAACAAAGCAGGACAUAUGGCAGUGUAUGAAACAGAUAGUGUUAGAGUGGAUACAUCAUCACCUUCUGUUAAGUGGUUAAAAGUAGGAACAUUAGUCUCAGGUGAAGAGGAGAAAGUUGAUGGAUACGUGUGGCAAGCCAAUACAAAAGGGAUCAAGGCAGCCUGGUUGGCUGUUGACCCUGAGUCUGGUAUAAUUCGGUAUGAAGUCGCUGUUGGAACUACUCCUGGUGGGACAGACAAAUUAGGAUGGACCUUAUAUGGUGCAGAGAAUGAUGUAUAUAUACAAGGUCUUAGUCUAAAUAUUACCAACCUGAGUUCCAAGGAACCUGUGUAUUACGUCAGUCUGAAGGCCCAGAAUGGAGCUCAAUUACUCAGCUCGGUGAUCACAUCUACUCCUAUUGUUGUUGUUGAAGAGGACAAAGAAGGUGUUGUUGUUGAUGGAGCUGAUAGAACAGAUGAAAACCCCUCAGAAUUGGGCGUGGAUGUAGACUACACCGUUGAUACCACCACUGUUACUAUACAGUUUGAUGGAUUUGAAAGUCACCUUCAUGGUGUGAUGGUGUAUGAGUGGGCCGUGGGUACCACACCAGGUGGAGAAGAUGUACAGCCAUUCAUGAGUGAGGGUAUCAUACAUUCAGAAGAAGAAAAUGUUGCUGGAGACGGAGUAACAAGUUCUGGACAUGCCCAUGCAACAUUACCGUUGAAACCUGAUACCAUGUAUUAUGCCUCUGUAAGGGGAAUCACUAACGGUGGAAAUGUUUUGCAGUCAUCAUCUGAUGGUUUUAUGGUAGAUAUUUCACCACCGUUGAUCACUAUUGACAGGUUAACAGAUAAGAUUCCAACAGAUCAAGACAUCACUAGUGGUAAUUCUCUGUACCAGACAACAACUGACUCACUGACCGCCCAAUGGACGUACAACGACACAGAGAGUGGUAUAGAACGAGGAUGGUAUUCAGUAGGAACCUAUCCAUUUGCUCAGGACAUUGCCCCAAUGGUUGAGGUAGAGAUUUCAUCCAUGGAUUUCAGUUCUUUACCAUUGGCUUAUGUUACUGCUAUUGAUACAGGAAAGCCGAACAUUAUCUGCAUCUGGGCAGAAAACAAAGCUGGACUAGUGUCUGAAGUAGCUUCGGGAUCAGUUAUCAUUGACAAAACUCCACCAGGGGAAGGCUUGGUCUCCUGUCCUGAUUAUGUUGGGUUGAAUGCUCCUAUACUGUGUACAUGGCAUGGCUUCCUGGACAAACAGAGUCCUAUCCAGAAAUACAUUAUAACAAUGGGAAGUCAACAAGGAUCAAAUAAUGUCUUCAAUGGAACAGAGGUCCCAGGAUAUAUAAGUCAAUUUUCAAUCCAAGGUCUUGGUGACCAGUUACAUCACGGUGAUAAAUACUAUGUAACAGUGACUGCAGUCAACUAUGUUGACAUGGAAGCUUACGCAUUCUCUUCUGAGAUUGGUAUAGACUCAACACCACCAACGUACGGUAAAGUCAUUGACUUACACACUACAUACAGGGUAGAUGUCACAGACACUGAGAUGACGUUAGCCAUGAAUGCCAAGAAAUGUGAUACAGAUGAAGAAUGUGAUUUGCUGGAUGCCACUUGUUCGGAAUCUAUGACUUCAGUGUCAGCAACGUGGCAAUUAUUCCAGGACCCAGAAUCUAGUGUACAAAGGUACCAGAUAGCUCUCGGAACCACACCUGGUGGUGGACAAAUUAAACCUUUCUUUGACAUACAUUUAGAAGAUGGAGUCAGAUACUAUACAAUAGGUGGUCUCAAUCUUGUUGGUUAUAGAGUGGUUUAUGUUUCUGUGAAAGGAAUCAAUGGAGCUAGUCUGACAAGUGUUUCGACAUCCAAUGGACUCUAUAUGUCAUACCUCAGUCAAGGAAUGGCUCCUCUUAGUCAUGUAGGAGUCAAUGAUGUAUUGGAUUAUUCUGUGGGAGAUGUUCAGUUCCAGUCUGUUGACGAUACUUACAGAGCAUCUUGGGAUAUGUCCGGUGACCCAUGUCCAGUUACAAGCUACAAAUGGAAGAUCUUAAGACUUGAUGGUCUUGUUAUUCAAGACUGGCUGAAAAUGAACUUGAAAACUGAUGGCAUGACUGAUGGAUUAAGAUUAGAAAAUGGAAAAAUGUACUACUCUUUAGUAAAGGUGACCAAUAAACUGAACUACACCUACAUUCUAAGAUCAGAUGGUGUUGCUAUUGAGAAAAAUCCACUAUUACCUGGAAAGGUGUUUGAUGGAGAUAUUAGAGGCUAUGACCUUAAAUUCUUACCAUCAAAUACUAUAAUCUAUGCAAACUGGGAUGGAUUUGGUUUACCUUCAAAUGCCAUGAAACAAGUGGAUGUGUUGUCAGGAAACCCUGGAUUGCAAGUUGACCAAUCACAGUUGGAGGCACAAAAUCCUACCCAGGACGUAGUAUUCUAUGAGGUUGCCGUGGGAACAGACAGAAGAUUCCCCAAGACCAGGGAUGAUGUUGUUCCUUUUACAAAUGUAGGACUAAACAAAACAGUCAUUUUCUAUGAUCUUGAGUUAACCCCAUUAACUGGUAACUACUACUUUACAGUUAAGGCAUACAGUGCCUCAUACUCUAUAGCAACAGUCACCUCAAAUGGUUUCAAGGUCGGAUUUGAUGAAGGAGUCACAGCUGGAAUUAUUUUGAUGCAGAAAUACAUUGCUACAGACACCUAUUUAGAUAUUCAGUUUGAAGGAUUUAGUUCCAAGUUAGAUAUCUUGAUGUAUUACGUGGCUUUGUCAAACAACUCUGAUGCCAAUAAUACUAACUGUAAAGCAUAUAUCGAUGGUGGUUCAGCUUCAGUCGAAAAGAAGAAGCAAUUAUUUACAGAUUAUGAUGCCACCAAUAUAAACAAGUACACGUUCAUCACAAUGAAAGAUCUCGAUCUGAUACAGGGAGCUUCAUAUUAUGUGUAUGUUAUGGGUACUGAUAAAUCUGGAGCUUGUGGUAUGGUCAUGCAUGAAUUCAUUGUGGACUUCACACCACCAGACAAAGGCAGGAUAAAAACUGGACCCUAUUUUGAUAUGCCUGUGACUUACAAUCCAGCCAAUACCUCAGUAUAUGUGUAUUGGGAGGGAUAUUUUGACAACAUUUCUGAUAUAGCCACAUAUGAAGUAUCACUGUGGAGAAAUAAAUCAUGUUCAGAAGUUGCUGAGUCUGAGAUGGUCGUUAGCUGGAUAACCUUGACAAAUAACUAUACAGAUUAUAGUUUCAUAGAUCUAACUUUAAAUAAAUCAGAACCUUUGAGUGUGAAGUUUAUUAUCACAAAUGGAGCAGGUAUCUCCAUAACAGAUGAAUCUGUACCAAUACUAUUAGAUAUGACCAAACCAACUCCUGGAAAAGUUGUUGAUGGCUGGGAUUUCAAGAAAGAUCGUGUUUGGUUUAAUUCUCCCAACAGUGCAAAAGGAUCUAUCCUUCAUAUGGAAAGUCCAUUUGGAAUGGCAUGUCCUUCACGUCCAGUGCCAAUUGUAAAUGAUACCAACUGGAAGAUCCUUCAGCAAAUAGGCUUCAGAGAUCCUACAGGACAGAACUGGCUCAUUAAGAUGCGUACAGAAAAUAUUGGACAUGAAAUUGUUGAUGAUGAACUAUGGAUCAAGUUGGCAAGAGACACAAAUUUGAACGCUAUGUAUUCUGGAGGAUACUAUCGAAAAGCUGACUAUGAAAGAGGAGGAGAAUGGGAGUUUGAAAUAAAGGCUGCCAGUGGUAAAGGCAUGGCAGCAACCUCUGUGAUGUUAUGGGAUGGACCAGAGGGUGAAAUAAUGCCAUACGAUCAUGUUCAAGAGACUGACUGGUCUGUCACUGUCUGUUAUUGCUGCUUUGAAAAUCCGAUUCCAACAACAUGCACUGCUUGUAACUGUUCAGCAUAUUUAGCUGCAAAGUUUGGUAACGGUUCAAUAGUUGCACCAACAACGGAAGCUGUUCCUGUUGUUAAUUAUAGCACGUCAUCUCCCUACAAAGUGGUCAAAAACCCUAAAGGUGGAGCUGUUAUCGGUCCUAUUGGUUUAUCAAUGCAGCCUGCCCAAGCGUCGUGUGGUAUCGAAAUUUUUGCAGGUGAUGACCCACAUGUUGUUACGUGGUGUAGAAUCUUCAAUGAUACAUUACCACCACAGGUGAUAAAAGAUGUCCUUACUUUUGACCCAUCAGCUGAUUUUCAUACUUACAGGAUUGUUGUUGACUAUGAAGCUGAUGAAGCUGUGAAUCCAUCAUUGUGCUUCUAUUUGUAUGUGGACGGUGUAUUGUGGAGUAAAGUAUGUGGUAUACGUGAUCUGAGUACAGACACAGACCUUAUCUUCCAUGUUUUCCCUAAAAACAACUAUUUACCGCCAGUCGUUGACAAUUUUAAUCCUUACUCCACCAAGGCAUUCUUCAGAAGAGUAGUUUUACCACCUGAACCAGGUGCACUUUGCAGAUAUGGUGCUCCAUUCCGUGGAGGCGAAAAUCCAAUAAUCAAGUACGAAAUUGGUAUCGGAACUACAAUAUUAGGCACAGAAGUAGUCCCUUAUAGAGAUAUGAGUGUACCAUGUCUUCCUUGCCUUAACUUCUGUUUACGUUACAAUUGUAAUUCAACGUGUGAUGCUGACGAACAUGUGUUAUACCCGUUUAUGCUAGAGAACUUCACUCUGCCAGCUACAAGAGUUGAAGACAAUGAGACUAAAACAAUAGAUUAUUACAUUACAGUAAAAGCUGUGCUUAGUUCUGGUGUUACAACAGUUGUGUCUUCAGAUGGAUUUUACAUUGACGAUACACCUCCAAUAUUUGAUCCUGAUGUGAUGGGCAGCGAUAUUUAUAUUGAUGUAGAUCAAGGGGAGUUCACUCCUGUCAGAUAUCAGGGGUCCAAUAGCACCAUAAAGGCAUUCUGGAGAUGUUAUGAUGAUGAAAGUGAUGUAGUGGAAAAUUUGUGGGCCAUAGGUACAACAGUUGGUGGGCAAGAUUUACAGGAAUUUGAGUCUAUAGGUACCAAUCAAGUUGCCAUGAACAGUACAUUUGAAGGCAUCUUGGAACAAAAUACCACAUACUAUGUAUCCCUGAUCUGUGAGAAUGGGGCUGGUCAUGUUGUGAGCUACAAUGAUACUAAAGGUGUUAUUGUACUCCUGGAACCUCCAAUAGAUGAUGUAAAUACCACUAUACCUGAUGCUACCCAGCUAUCAGUUGAUGUUGUUCCAAAAGAUGCUCUCCAGAGUACUGAUUCGACCAAACUAGGAGUUGCAUUUACACUAAGUCAUGAUGACUCAGUUAAUAGAUAUGACUUAUGCUGUGGGACAGAUGAAGGAAAAGAGGACAUUUUCCCAUGUACUUGGGUAGGGUACAAUGUUUCUGGGACAAUCAUGAUUGAUGAUGGAUACGUGAAAAUUAAUGGUGUAAACAUAAGACCAUUAUCUGAAUUAAACCCUGUGCAAAAUACAAGUUUGCCUGAUGCAGACCGUCUUUCCAGUGCCAAUAAUGUAUUCAACAUGGAGCCAGGACGUACUGUGUUUAUGAUGAUGAGGUUAUGUAAUGCUGCCAUGAGAUGUUUUAACAAGACAAUGGGUAGUGUCAUAAUAACCAAUGCCAAUACUGAUCUAGAAACAUCACUCAAUGGAUUGGCCAUUACGAUAUCAGUCUCCUCAAGUUCUGGUAGAAGGAAGAAGAGAACUGUCGGAGAUGAUUUAGUCAUUGUAACCCCAAGUAAUUUGACUUCUGGACACAGUACAACAUUUGCAAUCCUUACUCAUACUGAGUUAACAGCAACAUAUGAUUCUGCAGCAUCAACAGAUUUUGUACCUUAUAUUAUUGAUCCAUCUACUACAACUGAUUUAGUGGAUAGAAUUCUGCUAAGAAGACUCCAUGAAAGUGAAUUUGCAUUUUCCUUUGUGUCUGUUGGACAUAUUAUGAUGCCUGGACCAAUUCUGAUGACAUUCAGUGAUGUUGCCGGACCUAGACAUCAUUCAGGCAAUAGAACGAUAUUGACAAAUUGGAAUCCAGUGAGACAAUUGUGGGAGGAGUCUAGUAGAACCUGUAAUGAGACAGAUACUGAGGUCUUCAAUAAUGAUGGUACUGUCACUGUCAAGGUAUGCAACACCUGGAGAGAUUUAACAGAAAGUGCAGUCAAUGAGCCAUACUUCCGUCAUGAGACCAUGUUUUCUUUGUCUAAUGCCAAGGCCUCCAUUACGAAUUCAGAACCCCAUCUUAUAGUACCAGAUGUUAUCUUCAUGUCAGAAGAUGCAGGUACAAUACAGUAUCAGUUGGAAGCAGCCGAUGAUGAGGGAGAUACCAUUGAGUUCUAUUUGGUUGGCAACUACACUGAUUAUACCAUGGGAACACCUAUCCUGUCUGUUGAUGGAAUGCUGCUGUUCACACCAUGUGAGAACUGUCAGGGUAUUCAGACAUUCCCAGUCAUCUUACAGGAAGUUCAAAAUGACUCAGAAAUUCCACCAAAUAAUGUAACAGUAUGGCUGACUGUCAAUGUAACAGAUAUAGCAAACCCACCAGUCAUCUUCCUAACUUUGAUAGGAGAAUCACAACUACCAGCGGAUCCUACGGAACCAGUUAUUGUUUAUCUCGAACAGAAAAAUGAUUGGAAUGAGCCUAUUUGGUCACAAUCCUGGAAUGCAUUACUAGGAGCUUAUGAUAUUGAAUCAGAAGAUAAACCACAGCUUAAUGUUCAGGAACCAGAUUUCGGGACUUUGAAUAUCAUAGACAAUACAACAGAUAUACCAACCAUUUUAAAUCCAUGUCCAAAUGUAACUAGAAGAACUGAUGAUAUGAUGUUUCCAUGUGACCUCUCAUUAUGGAAGCCUGUACAUGAACAUGAAUGGAACUAUAUGAAGUUGACAUACAUACAGAAUUAUUCCUUCUCUGGCUAUGAUGUGGCAAAAAUAUACUUCUCAGAUGCUAAUGGUGGCUUGUCACAUCUAGUCACCAUACAAUUCACGGUGAUGGAGUCACCAUGUCGCAAUGAAGGGGAAUGUGAUCCCAAGGAUAUCAGUUCAUAUCCAUGUAAACACUACCGAAGGGCUGUUGAAAGUUUUGAUAUCAACUACAACUGUAUAUGUGCCUCUGGUUGGACUGGUAUCCAUUGUGAAGAGAAUAUUAACGAAUGUAUAAGCUCUCCUUGUCAAGACCCGUUUGUGUGUUAUGACUACGUCAAUCAUUUUGAGUGUGCAUGCCCUGAUGAUAAUCCAUAUUGUUGGGUACAGCCAUGGAUGAUUGCUCUAAGCAUCUGCAUGUUAUUGAUCAGUGUGAUUGUAGUACCCUGCAUAGUUUACAGAUUGAAGAAGAAAAGAGGAAGAUACUCGAUACAAUCUGCUGGUUCUCUUGAAGAUUCCAGCGAUGAAUCUGAUGGAAUAUUAGUUAGAAAUCUUAUAUUUGAUCCAGAUCAAAUUUUAGAUAACAUGGAAUGCACAAUUGAGAAAAUUCCAAUGUUGUCAUCAUUUGAACCUCUGAACACAACUUCUGAUCCUAAAAUUGCUCCACAUCCAUCCGAAGCUAUUGAUAUCAAGGUCAUGUCUGAUUCUGAUUCAUCACCUAAGCCAGCUGAUCAACCAAGUGGACUAUCAUCAACAUCUGGUAGUAAAUCUCCAAAUAAUGUCGUUGACAGACAAAUGUCCACACCAGAUCCUGCUACAGUAUCAAUGAAUGAUGGAACAGAUUUAGAGACAUCAGCACUUUUCAGAAAAUACUCAUUUGGAUCUACUGAUUCUCACGAAGAUUCCAUGGAUGAAUCUGACAGAUUGUUACCAACAGAUAUAUUAGGUCCAGAUCAAAUUUCAGAUAACCUCGAAUUUUCUCCAAAAGAUGAUUCGAAAAUGGAGGAAUGUCAUUUGAUGUCUUCAUUUGAACCUCUAAUCACAUCUUCUGGUUCCAAAAUUGCUCCACGUCCAUCUAAAAUGUCCGAUCUGUCUGCUGAAAUAAAAGGCAUGUCAAAACGUGGCUGGAAAUCUUCGAGAAUUGAUUCACCAUCUAAACUAGGAUCCUCUGGAUAUGAUGCUUCCAUGCCACAAGCAUUGUCCAGUGAUGAUGCUCGAUGGGCUCCAGUUGAUCAACAAAGUGAACUACCAGCACCAUCUGGUGGUACAUCUCCAGAUGAUGUCUUUGACAGACAGAUGUCCACAGCAGAUCCUAAUACAGUAUCUAUGAAUGAUGAAACAGAUUUAGAGGAAUCAGCACUGUGAAAGCUUUGUUUGAUAAUUAACUUUGGAAACUACUACCCUUCAUGACAGAUUGUACAGAAAAAAAAUCAUACCUUUCUAAUAAACUUAGAAAAAAAUA